UAUUUUCUUUCCCGUGGUGGAUAGCGGUUUGAGUUCAGCGUCGUCGUAUGUGGAUAUGCCGAUUCCCGUUCGAGUUGGAUGUGCUGCGUGAAUAGACUCAUGAUACACCAUCAGUCAUGUCCUAUUUGCAUUUCCUGGCAUUUCCUCUCCCGGGAAGUGAAGAUCAACUGAACGAAAGAUUGAGGGAAGUUGGCGAAAAGCUGCGCACUGGAUAUUCACCUCCAGCUGUUGUUAACAACUUCAGAAAUUCUAAUGUUAUCCAGUGUGUUGUUGGACCGUCGCACAUAGCAUUCCUCUUUGAGGAUGGCAAAAUAUGUCGAGUUGCAUUUUCUGUUCUAACAGACCGUCUGGACUUAAGUAAAAAUGAAAUAUCCAAAGUACUGCUCUCCAGUGCUGCUUCUCACCACCAUUCCCGCCUCAACCUCAAGGGAAGUGGUGGAGCUGCAGGAGCUUCUGGUGGAGGCUCUGGGACAGCGGCUCCCUCCGGCUCCACUUCCUCGGGAGCCUCUGGGUCAAGGUCAGCCGCCCGGUCAAGGGGGCGCAUUCUGCGUUCCACAGCAUCGCGCGGUCGAGGCUCGGGGGUCAUCAUGGGGUCACGCCCCGUGGUCCCUGCCCCGUAUGUCCCAGAGGAGCUCGUCUCCCAGGCUCAAGUUGUGCUUCAAGGAAAGUCUCGAAACCUCAUUAUUAGGGAGCUUCAACGCACAAACCUUGAUGUGAACUUGGCUGUGAACAACUUGCUGAGUCGUGAUGAUGAAGAUGGAGAAGACGUGGAUGAUGGUCAGGAGUCGUACAUGCCUGGAGAUGACCUCAUAUCUCUGCUAGAUGCUGGUAUCCAUGGAGACCACCCCAGUGUGAUCAUAGAUGCUGAUGCAAUGUUCUCUGAGGACAUGUUUGGCUAUGCUAAUCUCCGAAAUCGCACUGGCAGCCGAGGACGUUCUGCUGUGAGGCCUUUCGUAAGUGCACCACGACCCUCUGGAGACCAAGACCGGGACAGGGAUAGGGACCGUGAUCGCGACAGCAUGUUUAGGGUCCGUGAACGCCACUACUCUGGCUCUCGGCGGUGGUUGGAGUCAGCCCUGCGUGACAGCAGCUCGGAUCUUGCUGAUGCCAAAAAGAUGAGCCCACUUUGGCUUUCAGAGGAGCCAGAGUACUGGCCUGACAAGGGCACCAAAUUUGUGCACAUUGUGGCUCUCUACUCUGAGCUUGUGGCCCUGAGUUCCACGGGACAGCUGCAUCAGUGGAAGUGGAGUGAGCCAGAACCUUACAAGAAUAGUGAGCAACCAGGUGUCCACCACCCAAAGACUCUUUCCUUGGGCUUGGUGGGAGACCGGUGUGUUCUGGUGGAGGCACGGUGUGUGCGAGCCACGGUGGUGACCGAGUCUGGACGUGUGGCCACUUGGCUGGACGAUUCGCUGGCUGCGGUGGCUCCCAAGCUUGAGCAGCCCGCACAGAGCUUUCCAGAGUUCCAGCAGGACCCUGUGGUGGCGCUCCACGUCUGUUCCCUCUACUCGUGCGUGAGGCUGCAGUCGGGUGCUCUCUACUGGUGGGGUGUGCUGCCCUUCAGCCAGCGGAAGAAGCUCUGGGAGAAGGCAACCUCCCGUGCCAAGAAGCACAAGAUGUCCAGCCACGCGUCUGAGAUUGUGGCUGGGUCACAAGUGUGCAUGCGCAAUAGUCCCAUGUACCACCCUGGUGCCCUGGCCUUCACCACUGCAGGCGGCUUGCCUAGGGUUGGCCAGCUCCUUUCGGCUGCCUGGAAUCUGCCGGACACCUGUCAGUUCAAGAUCCUCUGUGAGAAGAAAGCUGAGACAUCUGACAGCUCCGGGGCGGGAAGCAGUGGUAGUGGCGGAGGCGGCAGUAGCAGCAGCAAGGUGGCAUCUUCCAGCUCAGAGACCAAGUCCUCGGACAGGACCGAGAUGCCACCACCUCCAUCGCCAGCCUCGUCAACGUGUAGCGAGCCAGCACACAGCCCCCUGCCACACAAGCGCAAGCAUAAGGCCAGCACGUCAUCGUUGGACGCGGCUUCUGAACGUCGGGAUGAAGAGGAGUGGCAUUUGCGUGACGUUGUCUUCGUGGAGGAUGUGAAGAACAUUCCUGUGGGGCGAGUCAUCAAGGUGGACGGUGCCUAUGUGGCAGUGCGCUUUGGUCGUGAGAGUGGGCCUGGAGAGGAUCCUCUGGCUGAAUGUCGGCUGCUGCGUCGGGACGAGCUGCAGCCUGUGAGGGGAUCCGCCACGCCCCGCCUUCCCGACUGUUUGCAGCGCAUGCCCCGACGUGUCUGCCUGCCUGAUGGAGUGCAGCUGCUGGCCAUGGCUAUCGACUCCCAAGGCAUCCAUGCUGUGGUAAAGAAUGGUGGCCAGCUGAGCUACAUGGUGUACAACAUAGUGACUGGACGUGCUGAGCAGGACAGCCCUUUCCCCACCUACCUGCAAUCGUUCCUUGGCUUGGACCAACGUCAGAUUUCUUUGUCCAUCAGCGGAGAGAACGAAGCGUUGACAUUGCUGCGCGAUGGAAACAGCACCAUCUACCCUCUGGCUAAGGACUGUGUCGAGAGCAUUCGUGACCCCCAGUGGCUGGACUUGCCUCCUGUACGGGCCCUGGGCUUGGGUGUACACCCACUCAAGGAUGCUGCAGCCAACCAGAAGAACCAGAUUGGCAUUGUUGUCCUCGCGCUGGAGGCACAAACUCUGAUGUCAUCAAUUCUCAGAGGGGACGUUGAAACUGUGCGUCAGACACUGUAUAGCCUGGAGAACACGUCUGAUACAGAAGCUGGUCGUGCAACACUUAACAGUAUCCUCAACGAAAGAUGGGAUGGCAACCGCAACAUACUUCAUGCUGCUGUCUCAACCUGCUUUCCAACAUCUAAUAAGGAGAACGAAUCUGGAGAAAACUCAUCGGGUAACAUGGACUCCUUGGAUCUCCUCUCAUCCUCUUCAAGCAUAGCUGUUUUAUCAGGCCGCAACUCCCUCGCUUCAUCACUUGUCUGCAGGAUUUUCCAGCAGCGACCCCUUAACAGCAUGUCGCUGUGCGAGAUGAUGCGGAGGGCUACGUCGGCCGCGCUUAGCCUGUCGGGGCUGGAGUCUCAGGAUACCGAGCGGGACUCGGACUUCCCCAUCCCAACGCUGACCUGGCCACCCGAGCCAUCAGACUCCUCAGCUUCCUCUUCCUCUCCAGGCAACGGUCGCAACAGCAAGGGCAUUGGUCUACUACCGCAGGCGAGCAAAGGGGAGCAUGGCGACCGCAAUGCUGCCCUGACAAUCCUCUUUUUUCUUUGCGAAGCUGUUGCACUUAGGCCUCACCUGAAGGAGCUGCUGAUGGCCAGGGAUGCCCAGGGCUGCACACCCUUCAUGACAGCGGUAUGUGGGAGAGCAUACCAUGCAGCACUGUUACUGCUGGACGCAGCGCAGCGAGUACUGCAAGAGUCUGGAGGAUCCAGCGGGGGAGAAAGUUCGCGCAGGGCCCUGCAGAACAUGAUCUACCCGCCUGGUUCGGCACCUGAUGACUCGCCCCUGCACGUGCUCUGCUGCAAUGACACCUGCAGCUUCACCUGGACUGGUGCCGAGCACAUCAACCAGGACAUCUUUGAGUGCCGCACCUGUGGCCUGGUCGGGUCGCUGUGCUGCUGCACGGAGUGUGCCCGUGUCUGCCACAAGGGCCACGACUGCAAGCUGAAGCGCACUUCGCCGACGGCCUACUGCGACUGCUGGGAGAAGUGCAAGUGCCGGGCCUUGCUAGCAGGACACCAGGGGAUGCGCGCCACGCUGCUCAACCGCCUCGUCACCGACACUGACCUGGUCACAUUGCCCAACAGCAGGGGGGAAAAUAUCCUGCUCUUCCUAGUACAGACAGUUGGAAGGCAACUGGUGGAACAGCGACAAUAUCGCCCGUCCAGAUCCCGCUCCAGUGCCCCCCGGAAGAUCUCGAACUCCGAGAUGGAGCCUGACAUGCCGGACCAUGACUUGGAGCCUCCACGGUUCUCAAGACGCGCCCUUGAAAGGCUCCUAAAUGACUGGAAUGCCAUCAAGACCACCAUCAUGGCUGGCUACAAGGAAGAUGAAUCUGUUGCGUCCCGUUUGGCUGCUGGUGGCUCUGUGCCUGAAGACCAGCAACCCCACCUUGUAGCACAAAAUGGCACUGCCCUGCUUGACAAGUUUGUGCACUGCCUGCUGGUGAAAUGCAGUAUCGAGAUGCUGGACACGCUGCUCACCACCCUUGUACGAGAGAUCCAGAAUGAAAACAUUCCAGGCAGGGCGGCCGAAGCCCGCAAGGUCGCCCACCGCUUUGUGCGCAGUGUUACGCGCAUUUUUGUGAUCCUGUCUGCGGAAAUGGCCCCCAAUACGAGCCGCAAGAAGAGCAUGUCUGGCACAACACAGCCACUGAUGAAGUGUCGACGAGUGUUCCAGUCUUUAGUGACAUUAUCAGUAGAAGAGUUAUGUGAGGCAGCGGAUGCCCUUAUUGCUCCUGUGCGGCUGGGAGUGGCUCGCCCCACGGCAUCCUUCAACCUGGUUUCUUCUUGCAUAGAUGCUAUUCAGGGCAGUGAGGAACUGUUUGUUGUAGAACCAAUUGUGCCCCGUGCCAGUCAACCUGAGAUGGUGGCGUCACCUGCUGAGCCACCCUUGGGCCAGAAUCCUCUGUCCGCCAGGCAGCCACUGGGGCUCAGGGACGCAUUAGACGACGACGAGGCAAGCGUUGAUGUUGUGGACGGUGCUGUUGGGGAAGAUCCAGAUCACGAGGAAAGUGAACGGGACGAACGGAUGGAAGCCUCUGAGCAUGAUGGCACGCCAGCCCAUGAGCACAAUGAUGAAGAGAGCGACAGUGACAGUGACCCAGACAGUGCGUCAUACCAGAGCAACCAGGACAAUGCCAGCGCCCAGAGGAGUGCCACAACUGGUGCCACGGCAGGGUCUGAUGCUGAGGACGAGUCUGCUGAAUCAUCCAACAUGGAGGAAGAGGAAGAGAGUGAGGCUGGCGACACUGAGCCUGACACAGAGGAGCUAGCGCUGCUUGACGAGCAACUGGAACGGCGAGGGGGACCGUCGAGCAGUGGGGGUGGGCCUGGGGGCCUCGGUGGCUCUCGACCAGGCAGCCUGGCCCCCCAGCACCUGCAGUGGGCCCUGCGACAGAGGGACCCCGCUGGCCGCUCGCAUGUGACCUCUUCCGGGUCGGUUUCCUUGGCAGGGACGGGCGGCCUGGUGUACAUCGACCCAGGCUCACUGCGCCGAUCAGCUGCCGUAGCUGCAGCAGCGGCUAGCGGUGCUAGUUCGGGCUCGUCUGUUGCUGCUGCUGCUGCUCUGGCUCCUGAGCUGAGUCCCGGCACAACUGCUGUGGGGCUGGCACGAGCUUUUGGUGCAGUGCUGCGGCAGAUCGCCGACCUGCUUGGCUCACUGCAGGACAACCAGAACCAGGCUGGCCUUGGGCUUCCCAAGAUGCUGGAGGUGUCGUACCAAGACACACUCAACAUGCAAGCCUAUCUGGACUAUCACCUGAAGCCCACUUGGGACUGGCUUGUGGCCGUCAUGGACUCCACAGAAGCCCAGCUUCGCUUUGGCUGUGCCCUGAGCAACCACUCAGACCCAAGCAGCACACUGGCCACUCCACGGACCCGGAGGGGGCUCUUUGAGGAUCGCCUAGUCGCUGCUGGGAGCCUGGACGGCCGCCGGAGGAACCGCCUUACAACCUAUGGUUCCGAGGGUGUUUCUGCCAGGAGGGACUUCCUCUCCUAUGCAUUGUCACUGAUGCGUGCUCACAACAAUGAGCAUUUUGACUCCCUGCCCGUGAUGGAUGUUGCUUCGCUGAAGCAUGUGGCGUACGUCUUUGAUGCGCUCAUUUACUUCAUGCGUGCGGGAGCAGACGACUCGGAAACUCUGCGUGAUGGAUUCCUUCUCCUAGAUCCGUGGUAUGCGGAGGACUACAAUGAAAAUGAAGAUCCUGAGGAAGAGGCAGGUGGAGGCAGCUCAGCCAUGCAGGUUGACAUGGACAGCUGCUGUGAAGAGGAAACCACAGCAGGUGCCUCCAGCGGUGCAGCAGAGGGUGCCUCGGCAAACACGGCAGCUGCGGGCAGCAACCGUGGUCGUCGACACCCCUUCUUUCAGCGUUCUGACUCGACCCUCUGCCUGGGAUGUCAGGCUCCCGACCCUUUCAGCACACCACUGGCCCAGGCUUUGCCACUAGCUGAUCGACCUCAGCUGCUGACGCCCACGGCGACACGCCAGGAGCUGUUUGGGGCACCUCGUAUACCGCAGGCCUCUAGUGGAGGCGAAGGAGGGCCCUCGCCCCUCUUACCCCCUCGGCUGGGCCUCUCGAGGGCCUCGGGGUGCAGCCUGCUCACAAGCACGGGACGCGUGGCCGAGGUCACCCGAGCACCUAUCAUUGUGGCUGCACCAUCGUCGGCGCGCAAGGGCGCACCUCCUGUCACGACUGCAUCGACAAGCUCUGCACCAGCCCAGGAAGGCGCUGCUUCCAUUCCAACUUCAUCGGGGCUGGGUGGACCCUCAUCAUUGCCCUCCACUCAAGGAAAAUCUAGCGUCAUUGUUCUUGCUGGCUCACACCGGAGCCAGGGACAGUCGUCACAGUCUUCAGAAAGCCACGUUCCCACAUCCUAUUCUGGUGCACCUAGUCCUGCUGCUGAAGUGACAGUUACCUCAAGCAAUACGUUGCCCUCUCUAGCAAGGCCGGAAGGAACAUCAGCAGCAGCGUCAUCUGCCAGCCUUGGUCCUGCACAGUCAAACUCGAGCAGUGGGAUGGGCAGCAUGUCUUCUGCAAGCCGUAGUGGCGCACCAUCAGUGAGCAGUGGUGGUGGCAGCUCUGGUGCCUUGGGCCAACUCGUGUCCCACGAGGUGUUGCUGAGCCGGUGGCAGCUGACGCUGGAGCUGUUUGGGCGUGUCUUUGUGGACGAUGUGGGUGCCGAGCCGGGCUCGGUCAUCAGUGAGCUGGGUGGCUUCCCAGUCAAGGAGGUGCGAUUCCGUCGAGACAUGGAGAAGCUGCGCAACUCCCAGCAGAGAGACCUCACCCUCUCCAAGAUAGAGCGUGAGCGCAACAGCCUGCUGCAACAGACGUUCAAGGAGCUGAACAACCAGUACAGUGCCUACAGCCGUCGUAGCAUGGGGGGCACCCCUCCACUGGCCAUGAAUAGGGUCAAGGUUACCUUCAAGGACGAGCCUGGAGAAGGUUCCGGGGUGGCACGCUCCUUCUAUGCCGCCAUUGCCGAGGCCAUCCUCUCUCCGGAGAAGCUUCCCAACCUGGAGGGCUGCCAGGCGGGCAACCGGUCACUGCAGUACAGUGAGCGUCACCUCCCUUACAUAAUUCAGCGACUUCGAUCACGGGAGAGGGACAAGGAACGGCGCAGUGGAAGUGCGGGUGGCCAAGCGACCAAGUCGGGUGGCGGCCUGCGCUAUGAUGCACCCCCAUUUGUGAUGCCCGGUGAGGCAGGUGGCAGUGGACAGGCUUCUAACGACCACCUCAGCCCUCAUCGGCAGCAGCUGGGCCAGAGGCUGUACCCCCGUGUCCAUGCCUUGCGUCCAGAAGUACAGUUGACACCGACAUUUUCCUCUACUCAGUCCUUAGCCAGCAAGAUCACAGGCAUGCUUCUUGAACAGUCAGCUGCCCAACUGCUCCUCCUCUUGGCUUCAGAGGAUGCCCUUCGCGAAAAAGUUGACGAGGCUCUGGAGAUCAUUGUGUCGCAUGGACGGGAAGCGGAGACUCUCCUGGACCUGGAUGUGUUCAGCCUUGGGGAGCGAGGCCGGCGGAGCACGACGGCACGGCGCAGUGAUGCGGAGGAAGAAGAGGACGACGGCGAGGACUGCAGCCCUCUUGUGUAUCAGCCAGGCAAAAGAGGUUUCUAUGCCCCACGCCAGGGAAAGUGCACGCCAGACAGACUGAAUGCAUUCCGGAACGUUGGCAGGAUUGUCGGGCUGUGCCUGCUGCAGAAUGAGCUGUGCCCCAUCUCCUUGAACCGGCACGUCAUCAAGUACAUUUUGAACAAACGCAUUGGCUGGCACGACCUGGCGUUUUUCGACCCCCUGCUGUACGAGUCUCUGCGCCAGCUGGUACUGGAGGCAGAAUCGCGGGACUCGAGCACCGUGUUCUCUGCCCUCGACCUGACCUUCUGCAUCGACCUGUGUCCUGAGGAGGGUGGAGGUACUGUGGAGCUGAUCCCAGGAGGCAGGGAACAGGAAGUGACCGCCACCAAUGUCUACCUCUAUGUUCGACGCUAUGCUGAGUACAGAAUGAUAAAGUCACAGGAACGGGCCCUUGGGGCAAUUCGCAUGGGAGUGUAUGAUGUGCUUCCCAACAACACUUUGGAAGGUCUCACAGCAGAAGACUUCAGACUGUUACUCAAUGGUGUCGGCGAAGUCAAUGUACAGGCACUCAUCAGUUACACAUCAUUCAAUGAUGAGAGCAAGGAGAGCAGUGACAAAAUCUUUAGGUUCAAGCGCUGGUUCUGGUCUAUGAUGGAAAAAAUGCCAAACCAGGAGAAGCAGGAUCUGGUGUACUUCUGGACAGGCAGCCCAGCCCUGCCAGCCAGCGAAGAAGGCUUUCAGCCCAUGCCCAGUAUCACCAUCAGGCCCCCAGACGACCACCACCUGCCAACGGCCAACACAUGCAUUUCCAGACUAUACCUGCCGCUCUACUCAUCCAAGGCUGUGCUACGAGCCAAGAUCCAGAUGGCUAUUCGCACCAAGAACUUUGGAUUUGUCUGAAGGGACAGUCUGACCCCCUCCACCACCAUUGCCACCCAGCGUUACCCUUGUUUAUAGUGCCACCACACCACAAAUAAAUAAAACACACCAGGGAGCAACAGCUCUUCUGACCAAACAGGA